AUGCUGCGACGAAUCGCCAGUCGCACCCUCAGGGAGCCCGUCCUGCGACCCUCCUCGCCGGGCCCGCAAUCCGCCGCUUCCAGUGCCACCUCAGCCGCCGUCCUCUCGUACCAGUACCAGCUUCUUCAGCAGUCCCGAGGUCUCGUCUCCUCUGUCCUGCUCAGCAGCACUCGAGAUGCUUACGAAAGCAAAAAGAUGAACGAGCUCAAGGCAGAGCUCAAGUCCCGUGGUCUCGCCUCCUCGGGCCGCAAGGACGACCUCAUCAAGCGUCUUGUGGACCACGACUCGUUCGUCAACGGAAGCACCGCCAAUAUGCAGACUGCUCCCGGCGCUCGUCCUCAGCUUCGCAAAAAGUCAACGCUGGCCUCGCUGCGAGACGGUCAGAACGAUGCCAAGAAGAAGGACGCCCCCGCUCCGCCCGCUCCUACCUCCCAGUCCGGCAACGCUGCCAACAAGGGCACCCCACCCAAGCCCUCCUCCACUGAUGAGAGCACCGGUCCCACUGUGGAUGCUGACACUGCAAAGGCCAUCAAAGAGGCCGACAAGCCGCUCGGAAGCAUGAAGGAGUCCGAGACGCCCGCUGCGCUCGAGGCCGGUCGUGUUCACAAUGCUGCAGCCGACGGUCUUGCUGGCGACACCACCGCAAAGGCUUCUCCCUACCAAGCCGACGAAGGUCCUGCCAAGAAGACCACCCCUCCUGGCUUGCCGCCUCAGAAGGCCCCUCCCGCCAAGGAGACCUUCAACGUGCAGAUCCCUUACUACCCCGACCCUCCCGUCCCCGGCGUCGAGAUCCCUGUAGUGACCUCGUACACCUCGCCUCACCUCAAACAGACCGCCGACAACGCCGAGUCGUCGCCCUUUAUUCCCAAGGCCAUCAGCGUCUCGGCCAGCUCCGCCAUCUCGCAUGCCGCUGCCAUGGCCGAGGACGUUGCCGAGUCUGCAAGCGAGUCCAAACCUAAGAGUGUCCUCUCCGAGAUCAUCGCCGACAUCCAGGCCUCUUCCGGCUCAAGCGGAAGCAAGAGCGCCGAUUCUGCGCUGUCGAGCCUCAACCAGAGCGUCGAUGCUGCCAAGAGCGCUUUCAACAGCGUCGCCGAGCAAGCGAAAGGUGCUUUCGCCUCGGCCACUGAGGGACAAUCCUCCUCCUCUUCCUCGAGCUCGUCUGGCUCGUCCGGCUCUUCGUCUUCUCGCAAGAACAGCAACCGACCGCUCAACGAGCAGGAGCGCACCGGCGCCUACAUCCUCGCCGGCAUUGUCGCAGGUGGCUUCGUCCUCGGCGGUCUCGGCAAGCCCAGCAAGAGCAAGAGAAAGGACCACGACGACUCGCACGACCAAGCCUCCUCGAAAUCCGCCGAUGGGCCAGCCAAGGUCAACGAAAAGGUCGUCCCCGUCGCAGCUGUCCCACGUGGCGAUGGCGGAGCGACAAAGGCGAAACCGUCCGGUUCGGCCAUCGUGGCUCCGGCGGGGAGCCAGACGCUCGCACCCAUCAUGUGCGUUCCCAAGGGCACCCAGGUGUCCUCCUCAGGAACCGGUAUGAUUGCCAACGAAGCCGCGUCGACACUGGCACGGCUCGCCCAGCUGUCCACUUGCGAGGUCUCGGAUGCGUUGCUCAAGCUCAAGAUCGCGGAAGGAGGCUAUUUGCCGGGGAUCGAGAUGUAUUCGCCCACGUACCUUUCCUCUCCCACCACACGCGUCUGUGGACCCGCGUAUACGGUGAAGAUGGUCUCCCAGUCGGACGUGUCCGCUCCCAAACCGGCGCAGCACUUCGUCGACGCGGCAGAGGCGUAUCCGGGGCAUGUGAUGGUGGUCUCUGCUCCGUCGCUGGCGCGCUCUGCGGUGUGGGGCGGACUCAUGACUGCUCGUGCGCAGCAUUUGGACAUUCAAGGUGUGGUGUUGGAUGGACGAUGUCGUGAUUUGACGGAGCAUAGGGAGGCUGGAUUUGCCGUGUUUGCACGCGGACACUCGAUCCAGGGUCAAAGCCCUUUUACGCGGCCUAGCGAGCUCAUGGUGCCCAUCACCAUCAGCGACCCAUCUACAGACAGCAAGGCCGAGGACGCAACAAAGAACCCAAAGGCGAAAGAGGUGACGGUAAGACCGGGCGACUUUGUCCUCGCCGACAUCGACGGUGUUGUCGUCGUUCCCCCGAGCAGGGCCGAGGAGGUGGUGCGCCUGGCGAUGAAGGGUAGAGCAGAGGACGACAAGUGCAUGCACGACAUCCGGAACGGUAUGCCCGUCAAGCAGGCGUUUGCCAAGAACCGAACGUAG